AGGAAGCGGCGCCGCCGUCGCCUCCCGGCGCUCCCUCCCCGCCUCCCAGGUCCGCCGGCCGCCACAAUGUCCGCCUCGGCUGUCUUCAUCCUCGACGUCAAGGGCAAGCCCCUGAUCAGCCGCAACUACAAGGGCGAUGUGGCCAUGAGUGAGAUUGAGAACUUCAUGCCUCUGCUUAUGCAGCGGGAGGAGGAGGGCGCCUUGGCCCCACUGCUGAGCCAUGGCCGGGUCCACUUUUUGUGGAUCAAACACAGCAACCUCUAUUUGGUAGCCACCACGCUGAAGAACGCCAACGCCUCCCUCGUGUACUCCUUCCUCUACAAGACGGUGGAGGUAUUCUCUGAAUACUUCAAGGAGCUGGAGGAGGAGAGCAUCCGAGACAACUUCGUCAUCGUCUACGAGCUGCUGGACGAGCUCAUGGACUUCGGCUUCCCACAGACCACCGACAGCAAGAUCCUGCAGGAGUACAUCACACAGCAGGGCAACAAGCUGGAGACCGGCAAAUCUCGAGUGCCACCCACUGUCACCAAUGCUGUGUCCUGGCGCUCUGAGGGCAUCAAGUACAAGAAGAACGAGGUGUUCAUUGAUGUCAUAGAGUCUGUCAACCUGCUGGUCAAUGCCAAUGGCAGCGUCCUGCUGAGCGAGAUCGUGGGCACCAUCAAGCUCAAGGUGUUUCUGUCGGGAAUGCCAGAGCUGCGGCUUGGCCUCAACGACCGUGUGCUCUUUGAGCUCACUGGCCUUUCAGGAAGCAAGAACAAGUCUGUGGAACUGGAAGACGUCAAAUUCCACCAGUGUGUGCGGCUGUCUCGCUUUGACAAUGACCGCACUAUCUCCUUCAUCCCACCCGAUGGUGACUUUGAGCUCAUGUCCUACCGCCUCAGCACCCAGGUCAAGCCGUUGAUCUGGAUUGAGUCCGUCAUUGAGAAGUUCUCCCACAGCCGUGUGGAGAUCAUGGUCAAGGCCAAGGGGCAGUUUAAGAAGCAGUCGGUGGCCAACGGCGUGGAGAUAUCCGUGCCCGUGCCCAGUGAUGCCGACUCCCCGCGCUUCAAGACCAGUGUAGGCAGUGCCAAGUACGUGCCCGAAAAGAAUGUCGUUAUUUGGAGUAUUAAGUCCUUCCCGGGGGGCAAGGAGUACCUGAUGCGCGCCCACUUUGGCCUCCCCAGCGUGGAGAAGGAGGAGGUGGAGGGCCGGCCCCCUAUUGGGGUCAAGUUUGAGAUCCCCUACUUCACUGUCUCCGGGAUCCAGGUCCGAUACAUGAAGAUCAUUGAGAAAAGCGGUUACCAGGCCCUGCCAUGGGUUCGCUACAUCACCCAGAGUGGCGAUUAUCAACUUCGUACCAGCUAGGAGAGAGAAGAGGUGGGGCCUAGACAUGGGGCCUUCCCUCUCCCCAGGCUGGGACUGUAGACUUCCUGGGAGGAAGAUGGGGGAUGUGUGUGAGGGAAGGCCCCUGACUUAGCCGUUUCUUGCUCCCAGCACCCGGCAUCCUCCCUGCCUUUCUCUCUACCCACAGGCUAGGAGGAACAGUCUCCCCACCUCCCUCUGCCUCCGGGCUCCCCACUCCUCCAAUUUUAUAUGAAGAAUAGAGGAGGGUCUUGAAGCCCCCCUCAUGAGUGCCUUCUUGCAGUGACCUGCCUUAGGGGUGUCGGGGCCCCUCCUUCACAGCUGCUGAGCCCAGAGGCCACCCUGGCCCACCCUGAGUUUUAGGAUGGUAUUAAAAAGAAUGAAUCUG